AUGAGCUUUCAAUACGCAGCAAGCUUUCUGUUUUUUUCCCAGCUGCCUUUGCUGUACCAGCUGUUCCUGCUAUCCUCCCAUCCAGAAACUAAUUUAACAGCUGCAACUCAGGACAAGGACUGGCUUGCAUUGCUUUGGGAAGCAGGCCUCAGUGUAACGAUUCAGGUGCGAUACUGCCCUGAUAUGAUUGACUUUGUCAAGGCUCGCAAUCAAGCCUCUGAAGGCCUGAAGGCAAUCAACGAUGUGAACCUCUCAGAAACAUUUGCGCAAUUUGCCCUCUUAGCGAAGCAGCUCAACGUGGAGAAAGAGGCAGAUGGAGCUGCACACGGGUUGAGAUUCAACAACUCACCCUACAACGCGAGCAUGCACAAAGCAGCCAUGGGAAUGAUUUUCUUGCUAGAGGGUGAUGGAGGUUUGUUUCAGAAGGCUAUGUCCAAGCUCGAGCUGGCCUAUGGUCGUGAGUUCUUGUCGAACGCAUAUUCAAAGCUCAGCCGCUUGGUGUCGCUUUGCAAGCAAGCUGCAACAAAGGAGAACCCCACUCACGCUGUGGCUGCCUGGCUGGUGGGGAUGCUGCACUUAGCUCUGAGACUGAAGUUGAUUUCAGCGAAGCAGGCCACGGAAGUGUGGCUUUUUGGUGACCGCAAGCAUGGCAGCAGUGGUUUCUGUCAAGCCUUUGACUUUGUGGCGCCAUUGCUACAGAAGCUGCCUGAGCAAGAAGCCCAGAAGUGUGCCACAGUCGUUGCCAACAUCUGCAAGCCAGAGCAGUGCUGGUUGGAUUUCUUCGUUCCAGAAGCUUCUGAAGCCGGGAUUCUCCAGGAGGAAGGCGAAGAGCAGGAAGAAGCACCAGCUGCUAUACUUGGGGCCAAUAAGUUGAACUCGUUGAAGGCUGAGUUUAACAAGGCAACUGGCACAUUGCUUGAGCUGUUGGUUGACUUGAUGCGAGGUGAAUAUCUGGCAGACUGCCGCACGCUAGCCAAAGAAAAUGUGAAACUGGCACAGGCAGUAUCUGAAGUAGCCGUCCAAGCUGUUCCAGCCGACGACCAGCAAGAUUCAUCAAGUUGUUCCUCCUUAGGCUUUGUGAAGAACCUUUAUUUGGUGGUCCAAGCUUACGACACCAACACAAAGAGUGUCUCACUGGCAGCGCCAUUGCCAACGCCUAGCUUGAUUCAGAGUCUCAACCCCAGCAUUUCUUCAGAACAAGAUGCUGCAGACAGAGCGCGGGCUUGGAAGCAAGUCCAAUCAGAGCGCCGCAAGUUUGUCACUUUCUCUGUGGUUCCAAAGUAUACGAAAGAAGCGCUCAACAGUGCUUUCCGGAACAGUGGAAAGGUUUGGGCACACAAGGGCGAUCUCAACACUUCCCAUCGCCUUAUAGUUGGCUCAGCAGAUUUGGUCACAGAAACAUCUCAGGAGCCUUGGCUCACCCCAUCAGCUCCAGCGGCAGAUGCUUGGAAGGCAGUGGCCGGGUUUUGCGUGGGCCUCGCUGGCAAUACAGAUUUCACCUUCCUUUUCGACGGGCGCAUGAGAGAGAUUCGGCGGAUCCAUGCUCCUUGUUUGGAUGAAAAGAAGCUUCCGCUGUUUGAAGAUGUGGUGCUGACGCAGACCCAGACAGAAGAGCUGUUCGUCAUCUACAGUGGCAGGUGUUUGCCGCGUGCGGGGCGUGUGAGACGAGUGCCCUUGGCAGCCCGAAAGGUGGAAACGUGUGCCUUGCGGUUUCCCGCUCAACGCACAAAGAUCCGAACAACGAAGAAAGAGAACUUUACCUCUUGUGGAGAAGCCACCACCUAUCAAGGGACCUUUUCUGGCGUGACCUUCCGCCCUGUGAGUGAGCUGCCACUCAUCAAUGCGGAUGACAAAAAGAAGAUCUUAGUACCAGCCAACCAAGCUGUCCAAGUGCCAGAGACAUGGAAGGAAUCACAUGCUGAAGACGUGCCAUUGUUUUGGCAAGAGUGUAAGCCGAUUGAAUUAUAUCUGGCGUUGCUGGAUGAAUUCAAGGGUCAGGCAGUCUUGGACCUCACAGCAGGCUCAGGGGCCCUCAUGGAAGCUUGCCUGACCCGCGGAGUGCAAUAUCACGGGAUUUGCCUCAAUCGCGACCACAUGACUUGGCUCCAAGCAGUGGCGGACCGCGCUGCAUGCGGCCUGAUCUCCAUUGAGGGCUCCACUUUGUUCGGUGAAGAGCUGGCCAAGCUGGUGAAGCAUCAUUUUGCUGACCUACUUCAGCGUCUGGUCCCAACAGAUGACGGUGCAGAAGAGCUACUCGAGCCCAAGACCUCAGCUGUCCUAGCCGUUCUAAGCAAAGACUCGCAGAGCCCAAUGGCUGCGGCUGCAGUGGUGCCACGCUUCCGGCUGACCUUCAAGCAGCCUCUUCAAAGCGGGAAGUUGGCCAAAUCAAAAGAAGCAAAGCGUUCCAGACCGUGCUGCAAAAGGAAGGCAACGUCACGAAGAGUUGCUGUUUCUGAGGGGACAGUGCCCAAAGCUCGCAAUGCUUUUGCACUUUUUAUGAAACAGCACAACACUGCGAAGAAAGGCGCCAGCAAACAAGAAUUCCAACAUGAAAUGCAACGCAUUGCCAAAGCUUGGGCAAAAUUGACACAGUCUGAGAAGAACACCUACAAGGAAAAAAGCAGAUCGGAGUUCACUGCACAAAGAGACGCCAUGAAAAGGCAUGGCUUGCCCACGCGCCGCAUGCAGAAUGAAACCGUGCCAAAGCAGCAGUCACAGCUGUCUCAGCUGUCUCAGCUAUCCACACAACCUGUGGAAGACCAGGACCAGGCGCUCCUCAGAUUUGGGAAGAUCACGGUGAUGCAAGGUGAGCUUCCUGUUGGUGAAGGCUCUUACGGGACUGUGCUGAAAGGCCUCAUGCCCUAUGGCCGCUUCUGCGCUCUGAAGAUCUUCAAGGGCAGCAAAGCUAUGAUCUCCUUGAAGCAAGAGGUUCUGAUUUUCAAUCAAAUCAAAGACAAGCUUCAAGAAGGAAUGCGGCAACUCUUUCCUUCCUUGUUGGAAGUCGAAUGCAAACCGCAGCCGUUCCCCUACUUGGCUUUGGAGUUUGCUGGGUCAAGCGUGUCCCAAGUGCUCAUCCAAAAUGGUGCUUUCACUGGAAGUGCAAUGCAGCGCCUAGCCAUGCAGCUUAGAGCUGCCCUGCAAGCUUUGCACAGCAUCCGCAUACUUCAUUUGGAUCUCAAACCGGCCAACAUUCUGUGGGUCCAGGAGACUUCAUGCAUGAAACUAGCGGAUUUUGGAAUGUCUGAGAUGAUGGGGAUUGAAGCUGCCUCGAUAAGGUUCGAUGGAUAUGUUAGUGCUCCCUAUAGACCACCUGAGCUGUGGAACACAUCUUCCGGAGACAUUUGCAAGCAUCUGCGCCCAUGCGUCGACAUUUGGUCAUUUGGCUGCGUGCUUUUUGAGUGUGCUACAGCAUCCCCUCUUAUGGCACCUCUUCCUCCAGCUCGCAGCUGCAAUCAUAGUGUGAAUGCAUGGUGCCGCUCAUGGGACGGCUUGCGCCAAGCACGGAUGAUGACAGAGCCAGCUGCUCGAAGAUUGCAGGCUCGUAUGUUGAGGUGGGUCUUCAAAGGUAGCAGCUGCAGCGGCGGCGACAAACUUAUGCGUGGAAGGGCAAGAACCGAAAAGAGCGUCUUCUACACGAAUUCCAGAAAUCAGUACAGCCUGAGUCCUUUACAGCUUGCGGCUUCAAAUGCCCACACGAAAACAGUGGAGGAGCUCUGUCGCUACAGCGCGGACGUGAACUACGCGGCUUCUCAGCCCUUGGGAAGCUUUAAGCUUCGCACGGCCUUGCACAUGGCUGCUGCCGGUCAGUGCGCAGACAUUGUGCGGCUCCUGUGUCACUUUGCUGCGAAGUUGGAGGCCUUUACUGAUGAUGGGCUCUCAGCCGUCAGCGUGGCUGCAGUUCACGGCAACCCGAAGGUCGUCCAGGCCCUUUGUUUGGCCCGUGCGGAUGGCCGCCUGCGUUCGCCCUCCAGCCGCCCGGGGGGCGACAAUGCAAUGGACCUGGUUGAGCUCCAUGCGCUGUUGAGUCCAACGACUCCAACGGCCGUAGCUUCGCCACGGAUCGCGACGGUGGCGCAUGGGGGCGAACAGCUGAUUCAGUUCGAGAGUCACUCCCCCAACGGCGUGCUAGUGAGCGUGCGAUUUCUUUGGGGAGCUGAAGUCAGAAAGGUCUUCAGAGUACCCAAUGGUGGAUCUUUGCUGCUUCGAGCUUUCGACAAGGGAGAGCUGGCCUUCCGUGUCACGCGAGCUGGCGAUGGUGGUGGCUCUGAAGCAGCAGUGGAGCUGGAAGGAAGCCAACUCAACCAGUUCCUGGAGGCCACAGGCAGCGAGCCGCUGCCCGGCUUGGUGCCCGAGCAAAAGCGGCAGAAGACGUCGGAGCCUUCGGAGACUUCGGAGACUUCCCAGGCUCCGCAGGCUCCGCAGGCAGCUGGAUCUGCGGCUGAGCCAGCGGCUCCAGUUGUGGAGGUGUCAGAUGCGCCGAUGUGCUUCGCCACGGGCUCCGGCGAGUGGGUGGAUGCUGAUCCUGGCGCUUGUGACCGAGAAGAGGAGUUAGAUGAACUUUUUGAGCAAUCUGCAGAUGCAGAUGCUGGAGUGGCUGAGGUGAAAGAUGAGGAGGUGCCAGCUCAUUGGACGGACACGCAGCGCGAGAUCUUCGCAGAGCUGCGGGAGAUGCUGAUCCCCGCCGUGCGCGCGCGGAAGGCCCUGGAGACGGGUGACGUGGCCGAUCUGGACGAAGCCGUGACCUGGUUGGAACGCCAUCAAAACGAUGAAGACAUCGACGUCUCUCCAGAGAUGCUCCGCGCUCGUGAGGAGGAAGAGGUUGCCUUAGCCGUACUUCGACUCUUCACUGUCCCGGCGCUUCAUCGCCUCUCGUGCUUGCAAGCGGUGCACCGUGUGCUACACAAUAUCUUGGUGGAUCCUGAAAGUAGCCGGGUGAGGCAGAUCAGACUGACGAAUCUUCGCUUCAAAGAGCGCAUCGGACGUUUUCCCGCCGCCGUGUCGCUGCUGAACAAGAUUGGUUUCCAAGCCGGUGAUUUCUGGAGCUCUGCCUAUCAACGGGAACCAUGCCUGGAGUGGAGAUACCCCGUGGGCUCGGCCAAUCCCAUGUCGCAGCGCAUGGAGCGUGCUUUCUCCCUGUUGGACGAAGUGUUGCGCAAUCCCGACGCCUGGAUCCCUGCAGUGGGCGCCGCCAUGCCUGAGGGACCCUGUCCGGAGUUUGCCGCAUGUCCUCUUAUUUCAUACGCCCUGGUGCCAUAUGCGCCAUGGCCUUCUGCCCGUGACCGGUCAGCAGACCGGGAGUGGAUGCAGCUACCGGCGCGGGAUCUUUGGGCGCAUGUGCCAGGCUAUGAGUCGGAUGAGGAAAAUGAUCAUCCGGACUGCGAGGCGAAGAUUGCGGGCCAAGCCAGGGAGAGCUUGCGGGAAGUGGUGAAACAAUUGGGCGAUGAUUGGGAGGAGCUCAGUGUGAUGUACUUCAAACCGCCUGUCUAUAAGACCAAGAGCAAAGACAAGGCAGAACGAGCUGAGACUCGUGAUGUGCAGAAUCGAAUCCCCAGUAUUUUGACGCCUUCGUUUCGUAUCGAGCACACUGACGCGCCCGUGGUUCGGGACACACUGCUCAGCAAUGGCAUGACAGCCACCAGUGGAAGGGACUGGUUGGUCCAGUGGUCGGGGCCGGGGCUACGGGACAUGGCCUAUCAUGAGAUGAACGAGUUCCAGCGAGUGAACCAUUUUCCUGGCUCAACGGAGCUCACCCGGAAGGAUCGUUUGUGGAUGAACUUCCGUGACAUGGCUGAGACCUUUGGGUCUGAAGCCUUCGAUUUUGUGCCCCAGACCUUCGUGUUGCCAGAGCAAGUUCAGGAGUUUCUGGAGGUGUACAACAAGAAGGGUGGACUUUGGAUCGUCAAACCCCACGCCUCCUCUCGUGGCCGCGGGAUCUUCGUCCUGAAAGAUGUGGCGGACCUGCCGUUGAACGAGGUCUCUGUGGUGUCCCAAUAUGUGAAAAAUCCACUUCUCAUUCAAGGACUCAAGUUUGAUCUCCGAGUGUAUGUCUUGGUCACCAGUUAUGAACCCCUGCGUGUCUACGUCUACCGUGAAGGCCUAGUGCGCUUCGCGUGCCGGCCGUACAGCAAUGAUCCCCAGCAUUUGACGGAUGCCUAUCGGCAUCUGACCAACUACUCCAUCAACAAAGGCUCAGCAACCUUUGUGGAGAAUUCCCAGGUGCAUGCGGACAAUGUGGGACACAAGUGGAGUUUUAGUGCCUUGAAUCGACAUUUGAAAUGCACUGGAGUGGAUGUCCAACUAAUGUGGACCAGGAUUAUGGAUGUGAUUAUGAAGUCCCUCUUGGCGGUAGAGCCAGUCAUAGGCGCUCGCACCAAGACAACUGCUUGUCACAGCCACAACUGCUUUGAGCUCUACGGAUUUGAUGUCCUGGUGGACAAGGAGCUGAAACCCUGGCUCUUGGAGGUGAAUUUGAGCCCCAGCAUGCAAGCUGAUAGUCCCUUGGAUUGGCAGAUCAAGGGCUCCUUGUUGGCCGAUUGCUUCAACCUGGUGGGCAUCAACCGCGUCAGCAAGCAGCGCCUGGCUGAAGCCACCCGGGCCAAGGCCAAGGUGUUGAAGGUGCCGGGCAAACCGCCAGGCCCACCGGAGCGGCGCAAGCGCCAAUUCACCCGGGGGCGCUCCGCCCUGCUAAGGCCGAAGGAAAGUGUGGAGGCGGACGCGGAGGAGUUGUAUGAUCUGCCAUCCGUACCACUAGGAGCCCUGGAACUGGAAGAGUUGAGGAGUGCGGCCAAUGCAUUGUUGGAGUGCACCCGGAACCGGAACUUCAUUCGUCUUUUCCCCACCAGCCGUGCGGUGCAGCACUACGCGGUCAUCGUGGACAGUCAAGAAGCGAUGAAGCCCUGGCCGCGGGGACGAAAACCGGCAGAGCGCCUCACGUCCUCACAGGUCUUGGCCUCGUUGCUCUUUGGUCCUCCGCCCAGUCACGGCACGGCACUGGAGGCGCGGCCGCGCUGCCGCGCCAUCCUCUGCUGCCGCCGCAUCGCCGUGGCGCGGCCGCGGGAGGACCCGCAGUGCGAGGACGGCGAGGAGGCGCAGCAGGCGUUGCCGUGCGCACGGGCCAAGGUGGUACGCGCACGGAGUGUUGCCACACUUGGAUGGGAAAAGAUGGAAAAGUCUGGAGCCCGGCUUCGGUCGAAUCGGGAGGAUCCUGCGACAUCUGCCCUUCAAGAGAACGGAUGUCGAUUGGCAAUCCUGGAGUACCUCAUCAGAGUCCACAAUCGCUGCAGUCAGCUGAGCCAUGCCGAUCGGCAUAAGGCAUCACAGCCAGAGGUCACAGCCAGACUGGAUGCGUUUUGCAGCAUCAGAUCUCAGGCCAAUUACGGAGAUGAUACCACCGUGGUGGAUCGGUUGCAAAUGGCUUGCAGGGCAGAAAUGAUCCGUUUGGUGAAGCUCUACUGGGAGCAUGGUUCCGUCUUGGAUGGCAGUGUCAUCCACCUGGCUAGCCUUCUGCCAGCCCUAGCCAGGCGUUCUGAAGGUCAACAAGCCUUGGAGAAACUGGCGUUGAUGACAGCUGCGGAGCUGGAACGAUUUCUGGUGGGACCCACGUGUGAUGCGCAGUUUCGAGCCCUGUUGGAGAACUACCUUGUUGCAGGUCGUGGUUACAAGUCCCCCAGUCAACGUGGCAUUCUUCGAUCCCGCAGUGCUGCACCGGGCUUGGGAGGCGUCCGCCGCGCAGAGAGUGCCACCUUGGUGGCCGGGCCUCUGAGUGAAUUGCUGUGCCUUCCUCUUACCGUGGGACGUGCCGAAACCCCGAGUCAGGAGAAGGGCCGCUCCAACCGCCGCGUGAUGAUGAAGCGAACUCCCGCUGAGUCCCUGAUGGAGGCUGGGGAUGUGGAACCUGACAGCGUGGCGGAGGUGGUGAAGGACCCGUUGCCCGUCGCCAGGAGUCGGCCGCAGAGUGGCCGCAGCCGUGCCUCCAGCCGUCCUGCCAGUGGCCGGGCGCUGUCCAACAGCCGUCCGCCCAGCCGUGGUGGGAGGAGCCGUCCCGGCUCUGCAGUGAAGCUGGAGGAAACACCCAAAGCCUCAGCACGGCUGGAGCUGCCUCUUCAAUCACUGGAGUCGGAGGAUGCUUUGACCUCCUUUGUGAGCCACAUGGAACGGAAUGAACGGAAUGAACGAAUGGAAAGCAAAGUUUCCUUGACAUCUUUGUCUCCAAGUCCCAGCAGGAGGAGGAAUCUCGAACGAACCCCUCUGGCAGCACCUUUCCCAAAAGGGGACGAGCCUGGAAGUUCUCCCUUUGCAAAGUCAGCCAGGAUCAAAUUGUUCCAAUUUGCGACCUGUGACAUUGAGCUUUAGGAGCGUGAAACUACAUGUGGCUCGGCAACUCCGUACCCUGUACAGAGCCUGUUUUUUUCUUGCAAGAAUCUUUAUUUUUGACAUAUGAGCUCCAGAAAGCUGGAUAUCAAUGUACAUGUCGUAUCAUUUUGUCAGAAUCAUGUGUAACACAUGAAGACCGUGUAACGAUCCAAAUUUGCUGAAGGCAGCACGUCUCACACUUGCAUGUUUCACACUGUUUUCAAGAGCAGACUGGGAGAUUACCCAGGGCUGGCG